AUGAAUUACAUUCACCAUCCAUAUCCUUAUACCACGGUCCCAGUGGACCAACCCAUGGCUUUCGACCCGACAAUGGCUCACCCGUCCAUGGUUCACCCCAUGGAUGGUUACCUCUACCCUCACCCACCGCCGUUCGAGAUGAUGGACUUUUACCACCAGCCGAUCAUGGACUACGAGGAAUACGCAGAGAACCUCUCCCGCCCUCGAUUGACAAAGGAACAGGUGGAGACGCUGGAGGCUCAAUUCCAGGCUCACCCUAAGCCUAGCAGCAACGUCAAGCGCCAAUUGGCGGCUCAGACAAACCUGAGUCUGCCUCGAGUGGCUAAUUGGUUCCAAAAUCGACGGGCAAAGGCCAAGCAGCAAAAGCGACAGGAGGAAUUCGAGCGCAUGCAAAAAGCCAAGGCUGAAGCUGAGGAGGCUGCGCGGGCCAAGUCGGACCCCAUGGAUCAGAAGGAAAGCGACAGGACCCCGACACAGGAGUCGGACAAGACCUCGACCCCCAAGCAAGAAUUUUCAAAUGAAACUGCUUCAAAUGGUGAGCGAACCAAGACAUCAUCGACUGCUCCCUCAUCAUCCCGUUCGAAGCAUCAGAAGACCAGAAGUGAUUCGGCCCGUGAGGCGACCUUCGCGUCUUUACAAAGGGCCUUGAAUGCUGCCGUUGCAGCCCGUGAUACCUACAGCGGAGAUGACGGGAAUAACCAACCAAUUACUGACAAUAUGGAAGAAUCCGUUUCUCCCACCUCGACUCCCGCCACGACACACAACGGCAGCAACAAGCGCAGCGGCCACGGCUACAACGCACCGCUGGAAUGGGAAGCACCCAAGGAUAACUCGAUCGGAUGGGGCUCUCAAGAGUCAUAUGGCCCGCAACGUCAGCCAUUCCACGCCCAAGAAGAAUGGAUGGGUCAUCGCACAUCUGAUGCUGGGUCGUCAUACGACGCCGCCAUACAAUACCCCUUGCAGCCGGAGGCCUCGCUAACAAGGCGAACCUCGUCGGAAGAACUUGCCCACCACAUGGAAGGCAUUGGUAUUCACACCACGGCACCAUCACGCGGCAUGCCGCUGCUGACACACCGAGCAGACAAAGCUGGCAAGGAACUCGAUCUAGCUGCCCGGAGAAAGAGGCCAAGGCCCGCUGCGAUCGGAACCUCGAAAUCUCACUCCAUGCUGUCAGCAGCCGCAAACAUGUCGCCUAGCUCCAGGGUGCCAGGCUAUGGUGGUCCUCACGGUGUCAGACAAUCCAAGUCGGCCCAGUCUCUCAACUCGCGAUAUGCGGGUGUGCGCAAGGCAUCUGCUGCUCAGCGGUCGCCUCUCAACUUCUCGACAUUUGCCGAAGCCGGUUUGAGCUCGUCCAAGGCGGACAUGGCGUCUAUGUUGCAGCCAACGGUCACCACCAACGCUCUGGCUCCCCCGACGCCGCUGACUCCGGAAGACAUGCAUCACUUGCUUCCCACAUCGCCCAGCGACAGCUACUGUCUGUCUGCGCAACCAUCUGCCCAGUUCUUCCCGACCACACAGCCCAUGCAGAUUAAUGUCGCAUCUCCCCCAGCUACGCCCAUGACCGUGGAUUUGAUGUCGUCGUAUCCGUACCAAAACGCCGCACCUCCCAUGUCCGCUCCCGCCCACUAUACGAGCUUCCCUGACUAUGCCACUUCCGCCCCUUGCGAAACCGGUCCUCUGACGGCUCGCAGCUGGAGUGAUGCGCCUACCAUUCCCUCGCCCGAUCCUUCCUACCAGAUGCAGCCUGCAGAAGUCUCUCCGAUUUCUUAUGACUCAAGCGGGCACGCUGGCGACCAUUUAGCUAUGUCUCCUUCGAUGUCCCUGACUGGGGAGGAGAAGUUCAUGAUUCAGGAGUUCCCUGACCAGCAGGAGGCUCACCGGUUCGUUGCUCAGCAGCUUCCCUCGCAAACACCGAAGCAAUACACUUUUACGAACAAUCAAACGCCGAACGACUUUUGA